CGCGUUGCAUUGUGGGGGUACAAACACAGCGCAGAAAGGACAGCGGGGAGCACAAAGGAAUGAAAACAGCACCUCGACAACUUUUAAUACCGGCCUGUUGUGAUGUGAAUUCAUGUGAGCGUUAAUUAAACAGUGAUUUUUGGCGGCUGGCAGGUUGACAACCGCCUGAGAGGAGAGGGGAAUGUGAGAGAGCGGAGCGGAGCGGCAGGACGCACCGCUGUCUCCGACUGCUUUUUGCCAGCUGAGCUGUUUGCAUCCCGAGGCCCAGCCGUUAUCAGAGGCGUCACCACCAAGGACACAUUUCCUGUACACAGUCAGAAAGGGACUCCAACAUGGGGGUCAAAACCUUCACCCACAGCUCGACCUCCCACAGCCAGGAGAUGCUUGAGAAGCUCAAUGCUUUGCGCAAUGAGGGUCACUUAUGCGACGUCACCAUCCGGGUCCAGGACAAGCUCUUCCUGGCCCACAAAGUUGUCCUGGCCUGUUGCAGUGAAUUUUUUCGCACCAAACUAGUGGGACGGCCGGAGGAGGAGGACAAAUUUGUGUUGGACCUUCAUCACGUGACAGUUAGCGGUUUCGCCCCGCUGUUGGAAUAUGCCUACACAUCCACCCUCUCCAUCAGCACAGAGAAUAUCAUUGACGUCCUGGCAGCUGCAAGUUACAUGCAGAUGUUUGCUGUGGCUAGCACGUGUUCGGAGUUCAUGAAGUCAAGUAUUCUGUGGAGUCCGGGUAACAACAACAACAACAACAACAUGACAGCAGACAAGCCACAUGAAUCGGCACCAGAGAGCGCCUCAUCAAACUGUGCCCUGACGCCUCUGGAUGGCAGCGUGUCACCUGUGUCAUCUGACUGCAGCGUGAUGGAGAGAAAUGUCCCCAUAUGCCGCGAAUCACGACGGAAACGCAAAAGCUUUGUGACAAUGGCAUCACCUGAGAGCCCGCUCAAAUGCACUACACAGAUGGUCACCACCUCCCCUCAGAUCCCCAACCCGUCCCCCUCUUUCUCAGACAGCACAGCCCAGCCUGUCGAGUCCUCCCUGGCCUUUCCAUGGACGUUCCCGUUUGGGAUUGACCGGCGGUUCCACUCGGACAAAUCAAAGCUCCCAGAGAGCCCUCGUUGUUUAGAGCAGGGCACCCCAGGGACCUCUGAGGUAGUGGUCGGUCGUCGCCUUAGUGACUUCCUGACGUGUGAGAGCUCCAAGGUGGUGUCGUCACCUGUGGCAGCAGAGGAGGAAGAUGUAAGGGUGAAGGUGGAGCGUCUCAGCGAUGAGGAGGUCCAGGAGGCGUCGUCGCAGCCGGUCAGUGCCUCUCAGAGCUCGCUGAGUGACCAGCAGACAGUGCCAGGGAGUGAACAGGUCCAGGAGGAGCUGCUCAUCAGUCCACAGUCCUCCUCUAUAGGGUCGAUGGAUGAGGGCGUGUCAGAGGGCUUGCCGUCAAUGCAGAGCACCUCGAACGCUGGAGGACAUGCAGAAGAUGAUGAGAGGCUGGAAGGUAUUCAGUAUCCAUACCACCUCUAUAUCAGUCCGUCAGCCCGACCCGGCACCAACGGCCCUGACCGGCCGUUUCAGUGUCCAACAUGUGGAGUCAGAUUUACACGCAUUCAAAACCUGAAACAGCACAUGCUCAUACACUCCGGCAUUAAACCUUUCCAGUGUGACCGCUGUGGGAAAAAGUUCACACGGGCCUACUCCCUAAAGAUGCAUCGGCUGAAGCACGAAGGUAAACGCUGUUUCCGGUGCCAGAUUUGUAGCGCCACAUUCACGUCCUUCGGUGAAUAUAAGCAUCACAUGAGGGUCUCCCGACACAUAAUCCGCAAGCCGCGGAUUUAUGAGUGCAAAACGUGCGGCGCCAUGUUCACCAACUCUGGCAAUUUAAUUGUACACCUGAGGAGUCUGAACCAUGAGGCAUCCGAACUAGCAAACUACUUCCAGAGCAGUGAUUUCCUCGUGCCCGACUACCUGAGCCAGGUACAGGAGGAGGAGGAGGCGCUGGGAGUCCAGUAUGAGCUGGAGGAGUCCCAACAUCACCCGGUCUACCCGGGCAGCACCUCCACCUCCACCACCACUGCCGCCUCGUCCUCCUCCUCCGUCCAGAUGCCUGUCAUCUCCCAGGUCUCUUCCUCCACCCAGAAUUGUGAGAGUUCCUCCGGCUUCCUUUCACCUGAGCCCCUGGAUCCCCUGGAAGCCCCAGCCUCCCUCAAGAUGGACGCCGACGAGACGGCAGCCAUGACAGAGGAGACCAAGAUGGACAACAGUGUAGGAGGCAGUUCCCCAGAGGUGUUUGAAGAAGAGCAGCAACAGCAGCAUGCUCAGGCCAAGGAGGUGGCUUCCAUUACCAUUGAGUGAUUCAAGUCUUCUACUUGCCCAUCAUGUCUUAUUUUGCAGUCAUGUCAUAUGGGAAUAUCAGUUGAAGUGAUUUGACGGCUGAAAGGGACGACUUGAAGGCGUGCACAUGCUGACGCCUCAUGUGAAGUCAUCAAGACGCCGUGAUCGAAGCUUCCUGAAGACUUCAGCUGGCUUGAUGGCACUUUUCUACACGCUACACAGAUGCACUUAUUUGAGUGUAUGUUCUACACCAAACCUAAUCCAGCAAAGUAAAUGAUAAUUGUUGUCAUUGUUUUCUUAAUAUAAUUUCCUAAACUUUACUGAUAAUGAGAUUUCAGCACGUAAGAUUUUUUUUCCAUGUGGAAAUGCCAGUAAACAGUAUUUUUUAAGAGUCAUUUGAAAUAGGGUUGUUUUUUUUCCCAUAUGACGUGAAUGCAGCACUAGCUAAAGUCAUUUCUGUCUUAGCAAAUUUGAGGUCUGUCAAAUCCAAGCCUUGCUCUACUUUUGGAAAGUGCCUGAGAGUUCCCAUUUUAACACAGUGACAUGUAGAGGAAGAAAAGGUCUUGACUUUGCCAACAGUGACAAAUCAAGUGUUUGCAAACUGAGCUAAAGAAAAAAAAAUCCUUGUAUUUCAUUUGUAGUGGUAAUGCUAGUUUGUAUGGGCAGAGACUGUGUUAUUCCUUCAGUGCCGUCGCUAUAGGCAAACUGUUAAAUGUCAAUAUUAUCUAUACUGCAAUAGCUUGUACUGUAGUUUUACUAUUUGAAUGCUGUGUAUGUUGGGUGUUGUGAAAUCUGACAUGUCUGGUGUGUGUAUGUGCAUUUCUUUGAUCAAUAUGAACACAGUACAUUUCAUUUUAAAUGUUGAAAACUUGAAAUAUAUUGACAAAGUGUUCCCUAAAGACAUUUGUGCAGUAUGGAAUUUUUCUGACCUGUUUUUUAGUUUUGUUUUUAAUGAACACUCUUCUUACGUCAGCCUUUGUGUCUCCAAAAAGUGAAAUAUUUGAUCCGCACUGAUCUAUCUUUUGUUUUAAACCAAAUAAGAUACAAAAUAAGGCAUAAAUUGAUGUUUAACAUUAAAAAAAAUUAAGGUUGGAGUUGCAAGGUUGUCUGUAAACUGCAGUGUUCCAUUCCAAACUGGUCUCUAAGAUGGUAAUGUAGCAUUUCAUCCCAGCUGAAGGUCAGCCUGCUUGUCACAUGGCGGUUCAUUUAGCUGUCGUUAGUUCGUGUUACACAUGUCGAUUUCUCACGUGGCUUUCAAAGUUGCCAACAGGUACACUGCGGAUAUUUUUACAAUAUUGCAUGACUGUCGGAGUGAUGUUUCACUUGGGUACAGCUUGAUUGUCUUUUUUAAACUUUUAGCCUUGUGUGGAUUUGAGGUUAACCACCAUUCAGUUGUUUUUCUGUCUUCAUCUGAGUUGUCAGAAAGAGGGGGGGGGGAACUACAGUGUCAAAGUUUCCCUGACGACCAUUUACACUCACGGAGCACUUUAUUAGGAACACCGCGUGAUGUAGUUUAACCCAAAACAACAGCUCUGCCGUAAAUUCUGCUUUUUAACAUGGAAUAUGAGGGGGAAAUAUUCAGGACCCUUUUCAGUCAAACACGUCUCCACUACCUGCUACAGCCUCCAUAAUUAACAGGAAGUAGAAUUAUCACCUUUCUGACAGGGUAAACAAAAAAAUCUAAAUGUAUUUAUAUGUUUUAAAAGUGGAACUUAAGGCAGAAUGUUGUGUUGGAUUGUGCUGGUGUUACUGUUAAAGUGCUUGGUGAGUCUGUUUUUACUGUGUUUGUGCAGCAGGAAGAGAUGCUGUUUAUAGGACAGCAUUGCUUUGGUGUUAAUUAAUGUGUGAAUGCAAAUACUGUGAGUUGAAUCCUUCUAAAUGAUAAACGUGCGUUAAGCAAGAGCCAAUCAGCACAGUUUGGCAGCAGGCCGUCUUUGAUGUUACCAGUUUCUCUCACUUUUUAAAGCUGAUUUUGGGUCAGACCUCCCACUCCUGUUACCUGCGUUGUGCCAACAUGGUUGUAAUUCUGUACUUAGACGUUGCUGUGCCUGUAUUUUAAGAAGAUAAUGACACCCGUGGUGAUAAUCCAUGAGUUGAAUGCUACUGACAGUGACUGGGUUUCUUGUUGCGUUUUAUUUCUCGCCCCCUAAACGUAGUACAAACGGGCAACAUUUAGCAUUACCCCAGCAGGAUGUAAGAGCUCACAUACAGGGUUGAUUGUAAAUGUGAAGGUGAAUAUUGCUGUGAUGAGGACAUGAGUUUUCCCGUGUCCUGGUCACUGAAAUCCAAUGAGAGCUGUCUUAAUAAAAGCUGAUGUCACCCUGUGCCAUCCUUUCAGUCACUUUCUAAAUGUUGUGCCAUUUGCCCUCUUUAUCUGGGUACAAAUCAAGCUUUUUCCUACAGGACCAAAUGUUCUCUCUCUCAUUGGGGAUUUGCCAUGGCAAUCAGUAAUUGCACAUAAUAAAAGACAGAGAUAAUCAUUCGAAGUGGUCCAUGCUAUUAGCAAAGGGGUCCUGCUGUUCGAGCCCCUUAAAACACUGUAUGAUGUUGUGCAUUUAAGAGGCUAGCCUUAGUAAAUGGACCUAUUAACUCUAGUUGCACAAUGUCAGAAUUUGAAAAAAAAAAAGUGUUUUCUAUUCUCCAUUUGUAUGUCAUGCUUUUCAUCUGUUGUGUUCGGUGUCUGUAUUCAAACAACUUUUUAUAAUGAAAUGCUGCUGUUUGUUGAAACGCAAAAGUGCCCAAAAUAUUUUUGUGAACCAAUGGUGUGCAAUAAAUGGACCGGUGUUGUUUUAAACGUUUUCAUUUUGUCUUUGGAAUGGUAGAUCACAUAUAUAAAUAUACAGAUAUAUAUAUAUAUAUAUAUAUAUUAAAAAAAGAAUGUAUCAUUUUGUUUUAAUCAAAUGUGACUGAAGGUGUAUCAAAUAGGCAAGGACCCCAUUUGAUCUGUGAAACAAGGAACAAGGCUUUGAUAUCAAACGACUGGUUCUGUUCAGCUCCUUUAUGUUUGUUUCUGAAGGUGCAUGUUCAUAUCGUUCUGUGAAGUGAAAGAGAGCAUGUCUUGAGUUGGCGGUGCGUUCUGUCAAGGCCUUAUUUGUUGAUGACUUUUCAUUCGGCGUAGCUCUGAUCUGUUGUUCAGCAUGCCCUCUUCUUUUCUGUACGUUAUCCCUUUUUAUGUGCAAUGUUUUAAAAUAUCUUGAUUAUAUACAGGACAUGCCUUUUCAAUGUACACUUGAUGUUGUAUACGUUUUCCAGUCCAUAUGGUUUAUUUAAAAGUAGGAAAAUAUAAGAAAAAAAACCUGGUAGCUCUUCAUAAUGGCAUAUAUAUUUUUGGUGAUUUUUGUAUUAUGGUUGCUGUUUCAUGGCAUCUUUGGAUAUUCUUGUUAAAUGUGAAUAGAACAGCUUAGUCUGGGAGUAUGGGGGGCCUUGGUAGUCUUCACUUUGUGACCGUCUGCAGUGUGUGUAUAUAUAUAAAUAUACAGUAUAUACACUCAUACUAUGUUGCAUAUUCUUUAUACUGUAGGCUACUUGAUUACAACCUGCUUUGAGACAGAUGUUGUAUUUUGUGUCUUUGAUACUGUAUUUAAACUGUAGUUUGGAGAAACUGUACAAAAAACAUCCCAGAUAGUAACGCAACCUGCACACUGUAUACGGAGAACUGACGUUUGUGGUGUUGAGUGUUUUAACUGGAUCAUAUUCCACAGUUGGCUGUUAAAAACUGACAAGACCACUCUGUAUUUAAGAGUUUAUGGUUGUUCUGAAUCUUUGCUAGUGUUCUGGCUUUGCAGUCCUGUUGUUCUUAAAAAGAGUUGUUUUUGUAAAAGUAUAAAAUGUAAAUAAAAAAAAACCUAAGUCGGAAUAAAUGAA